AAGCGGCUGUCAUGGCUGCCCAGGAGGACGUAGCGGCCUUACAAGAUGAAAUUGCACGGCGUGAGGAAGAGCUGGCUUCCCUGAAGCGGAGGUUGAGCGCAGCCCUGGCGGCUGAGCCGGAGCCCGAGCGUCCGGUCCCGGUCCCGCCGCUUCUGCCCAAGGCCGCUCUGUCGCGGGACGAGAUCCUACGCUACAGCCGCCAGCUGCUGCUGCCGGAGCUGGGCGUGCGCGGUCAGCUGCGCCUGGCGGGCGCCUCGGUGCUGGUGGUGGGCUUGGGCGGGCUGGGCUGCCCGCUCGCUCAGUACCUGGCGGCGGCCGGCGUGGGCCGACUGGGUCUGGUGGACCACGACGUGGUGGAGACGAGCAACCUAGCCCGCCAGGUACUGCACGGCGAGGCGCUGGCCGGCCACGCCAAGGCCUGCUCGGCGGCCGCCGCUCUGCGCCGCCUCAACUCGGCGGUGGAGUAUGUGCCGUACGCGCGCUCGCUCAGCGAGGCUUGGGCGCUCGACCUGGUCCGCGGCUACGACGUGGUGGCCGACUGCUCCGACAACGUGCCCACGCGCUACCUGGUGAACGACGCGUGCGUGCUGGCCGGCCGGCCGCUGGUGUCGGCCAGCGCGCUGCGCUUCGAGGGCCAGAUGAGCGUCUACCACUGCGACGGCGGGCCCUGCUACCGCUGCGUGUUCCCGCGGCCGCCCCCGGCCGAGACGGUGACCAACUGCUCCGACGGCGGCGUGCUCGGAGUGGUGCCCGGCGUGCUCGGCUGCGUGCAGGCGCUGGAGGUGCUCAAGAUCGCCGCCGGCCUCGGGACCUCCUACAGCGGCAGCCUGCUGCUCUUCGACGGCCUUGGCGGCCAUUUCCGCAGGAUCCGGCUGCGGCGCCGCCGGCCCGACUGCGCCGUGUGCGGUCAGCAGCCCACCGUGACCCGCCUGCAGGACUAUGAGGCCUUCUGCGGCUCCUCGGCCACCGACAAGUGCCGAGCCUUGAAGCUCCUGAGUCCGGAGGAGCGGAUUUCUGUGACCGACUACAAGCAGCUUCUGGAUUCCGGAGCGCCCCAUGUGUUGCUGGACGUCCGGCCUCAAGUGGAAGUGGACAUCUGCCGUCUGCCGCACGCUCUCCACAUCCCUUUGAGUCAGUUGGAACGCAGGGAUGCCGACAGCCUGAAACUCUUAGGGGAUGCCCUUCGGGAAGGGAAGCAGGAUUCGAAGGAAGGGGCUGCUCUUUCUGUGUAUGUGAUUUGCAAAUUGGGGAAUGACUCUCAGAAAGCCGUAAGGGUUCUGCAGUCCUUAAGGGCAGUGCCAGAGCUAGACUCUUUAACCGUUCAGGAUAUUGUGGGGGGACUCAUGGCCUGGGCCACCAAAAUUGAUGUGGCAUUUCCACAGUACUGAGGGGACAGCAUGUGAUCUGCGUUUAUGGUUGUGAUAUCUUGAGGAUCUGUUUAUUGGAACCGUUUCAAUAAUGAAGGGAAGAGAUUGGAUUCAUAGACUUUGAAUAAACGGCCUCUUUGCAAGGAGCGUCUUAGGAACACAGGCUGAAACUGUUUCUGAGAGCAGCCAUGUGUUUUGGGCACUUUGACAUGUGACAUGGAAUGUGACAGGAUUUUUGUUUCCCACCUGUCCCAGUCAUAAUGCUCCCUGGGGCCAUCCAUUUUAUACUUGUAAUUGGGAUGCAGGUUUUUUCAGAGGCAGUACAGUUACGCCCACGACAUUUUUAAUUAAACUGUUCUUUGGGAGGUUGGAGAGAUGGCUCAGCACUUGCUGCCCUCCUGGGGGCUCCUGGUUCGACUCCCAGUACUCAUGUGUUGGCUCACAACUCUCUAUAAGUCCGGUUCCCCAGGUCAGAUGCUGUCUCCUUGCCUUCCCUAGCACCAGGCAGGGUCUUGGUGCACAGACAGAUAUCCAGGCACGCACCCAUAAAGUUUUAAAAAGAUAUUGAGUCUUAGUUCUACUUCAAAUGAUAGGAUAUACCCCUUAGAAAUACAUACCAUGCAGAAUGUUUUCAUUAUCUGGGAAUCAUCAUUAUCGAACUUACUGUGACUGCCACCAGAGUGCGAACUUGACAGUGUAGCAAGAUAAAAGGAGCUGUUUUGUGGUCUGUCAGCUCCCUCGGAAGUUGCUAGCAUUUUCCUUGUACUUAGCUUUAGUGCCUGCCUUAUGCUAUACCAGUGGUUCUCAACCUGUGGGUCGCAGCCCCUUGGGAAUCAGCCUUUUCACAGCGUUCAACUUAAAACUGUUGGAAAACACAUUUAUAUGAUGAUGCAUAACAGUAGCAAAAUUUACAGUUAUGAAGUAGCAACAAAAAUGUUUAUAGUUGGGGUCAUCAUAUCGUGAAGAACUGUAUGUAGGCUUAGACUUUUUUUUUUU